AUGAAUUCAACAGAUGACACAUCUAACGGUAUCACAGAUUAUUACACAGUAUGUUCAUUAUCUGCAGUAUUUGCUCUGAUCGCUGUAACUCUUUCCUGUAUGAUAUUGAUAUUAGUGCGCCGAACAAAACCUCGUCUUCAUACAGUUCGACAUUUAUUAAUGUGUAAUACAUGUAUUGCAUCAAGUCUUUACUGUAUUAUACAAGCAAUUAAUUAUACCUUUCUUAUUUUCUUACCUUGGGAAACAAGUGAUACAGGUUGCCGUUGGCGUGGCUUUCUUUCUUAUACAACACUGUGCGGAGUUACAUAUUCUUUUCUUAUUCAAGCAAUAUCACGUUUGUUUAUAUGUAUUUUUGCAGUAAAAUAUAGAUGGUUAACAACAUUCAAAGUACAUUAUACUCUAAUAGGUACUCAAUGGUUUUUUUCAAUAUUUUUUUCAUUACCAUCAAUAAUAACAAAAGAUAUUUAUUUUCGUCCUAAUGCUCUUUGUUGGGUACCUUUAAAUAAUAAAAUUCAUGUAAGUUAUACAUAUAUAGCUUAUUAUAUUAUUCCAGCAUUAUGUAUUUUUAUAAUUUAUAUUUUCAUUUAUUAUCGAUUUAAAAAAAUGACAAAUAAUGCUGAAAUACUUAUUGGAACAGUGAAUAAUGAUAAACGUAAUCUUGAACUUCUUCGUAAUAUAGUAAUUCUUUUAUUUAUUUAUCUUGUCGGUGGAGUUCCAACUGUCUUAUUUCUUCUUACUUCUUAUAAAAUACUUUAUUUAAUUGGUAUUGUUACUAUAUCAUUAACGGUUGCUAUUGAAAAAUUAUGUACCAUUCUUUUGGAUCGAGAACUUCGACAAACGACGCGGAAUUUACUAAUAAGAGGAAUGCGUGUUAUACCUAUUGACAACGUACAAAUCGCAAGGCGUCAUGAAAAUUUGACACAUCUUCGACGUACUGUUAUCCAGACUUUAGCAAACAAUAAAAAUAUAUUAACUGAAUAA